UAUUGCCAGACCGACAUAAGAAUCAACACUACUUUUAAUUCUUUCACAAGAAGUGAAAUACGGAAUAUACACUCACUCAUCCAAUUCACAAUUUCCCAUCAUGACCAAGCUCCUCACCUACGGAGCCAUCUUUGGUCUCCUCACUGCUCUCUACUAUUUUCUGGAUUCGCGUCUUGAAUCGUUUUACAUUUUCACACCGACUCAACUUCAUGAUCUGUCCCAACGCGCUAUUGGUGCUCAUGGCAAUGAUACGGCUCAAGUUGUGAAGUACAUUGUGGAUGGAUUGAGCGAGCAGCAUCCGGGUGGCUAUAUUAAUUUGGAUCAGGAAUGGAUUUUUAAUAAUGCUGGUGGCGCUAUGGGUGCCAUGUAUAUUAUUCAUGCUAGUAAGUUUUCCGCGGGAGUCACGGGUUGAUCUUAGGAUAGUUCGACGAGACAAAGUGCUAAUUGACUCUUUAGGUAUUACGGAGUAUUUGAUCAUUUUUGGUUUGUUUUCCCAUGGCCAGAUCCAUGAGUAUGAAUGGAGACACUGACUAUGAAAUAGGCACUACAAUUGGUACUGAAGGACAUACUGGCCGUCAUACAGCUGAUGAUUACUUCCAUAUCAUAGCCGGUACCCAGCUCGCUUAUACUCCUGGAGACUUCGAACCUGAAGUCUAUCCUCAAGGAAGUGUUCAUCAUCUCCGUCGCGGUACCGUCAAGCAGUACAAGAUGGAUGCAGCUUGUUUCGCUCUUGAAUAUGCUAGAGGUUGGAUCCCACCCAUGUUGGGUUUUGGUUUCGCAGAUACUCUGACUAGUACUUUGGAUUUCCCAACCUUGUGGAGAACUAUUUGGGUUACUGGUAGAGAGAUGGUUUCGAACCUUGCCAGGCUCAAGUUGUAAGGAAUUUUGUUCAUUUGGAGCAUUGCUCGAAGAGUAUAUAGCAGAAGAGAAUUUAUAGAGCUCUUGUGGGCGAGCAGGUGACACCUUUUGUCUAUAGAUAGCUAUAUUCCAUAAUAGCCUUACAUGCCGUAUCAUGAACGAUUAUGAUUGAGCACAUUUUAGUUGAGAAA